GUGGGGCUGCGACCCCUUCCCGCCCACGCCCGCUUCCCCGCCCCUCGCCCGGCACCGCCGACAGGUGACAGGAGAGAUUUACAAAUAGUGCUUGAGCAUCAUGGAGCUUCUAGGUUCUACUUUGGCGGCACCUUAUGCCCACCCUAGACCAACACCAGCCAACUUCCUACCAGCCAUCAGUGCCAUGGCCUCAAGCUAUAGGAACUGCUUCCCGCAAUGCAAUCUGACCCACAGUCUGAGCCUGCCUUGGAGACCAAGCACGUACUACAAAGCAGCCUCCAACGCGCCAGCCUUGGACCCGUGCUGCACCAGAUCUCAGAGGGUGUCCGAGAGCACCACGCUUCCCUGUGUUUCCAACAGAACCACACUCUUCACCAGAUAUACCCCAGAUGAUUGGUACAGGUCCAACUUAGCCAACUUUCAAGAAUCCAACACCUCCCGACACAAUUCAGAGAGACUAAGGGUAGAUACAUCUCGCUUGAUUCAAGACAAAUAUCAACAAACGAGAAAAACCCAGGCAGACUCCACCCACAAUCUGGGAGAACGAGUCAACGACAUAGGAUUUUGGAAAUCUGAAAUCAUUCAUGAGUUGGAUGCAAUGAUUGGAGAGACAAAUGAACUCACCGAUGUUAAGAAAAAACUGGAGAGGGCUUUGAUGGAGACAGAAGCCCCUCUUCAGGUAGCCCGGGAAUGUCUGUUUCAUCGAGAGAAGAGAAUGGGAAUCGAUCUAGUUCAUGAUGAAGUGGAAAAAGAGUUGCUGACGGAGGUUGAUAUUAUUCUGUGUUGUCAAGAAAGGAUGAAGCUGCAUUUGGACAAGGCCAUUGCCCAACUGGCAGCCAACAGAGCUUCCCAGCACGAGCUGGAGAAGGACCUGAGUGACAAGCAGGCGGCUUGCCGCAUCGACGACAAAUGCCACCACCUGCGAAACACGUCGGACGGCGUCAGCUACUUCUGCGGAGUGGAGCGGGUGAAUGCCAUGGUCUCAGUGCCCGAGUCCUGGGCCAAAUUUACCCACGACAAUAUUCUUCGCUCCCAGAGCGAGCGAGCUGCCUCUGCGAAACUAAGAGACGACAUCCAGAACCUCCUGGUGGUGACAGCCAACGAGAUGUGGAAUCAGUUCAACAAAGUGAACCUGGCUUUCACCAGCCGCAUUGCUGAGACUGCAGAUGCUAAAAAUAAGAUUCAGAUUCACCUCGCAAAGACCCUGCAGGAGAUUUUCCAGACGGAGAUGACCAUCGAAUCCAUCAAGAAAGCCAUCGAGGACAAGUGCGCCUUCCUGAAGGUGGCUCAGACCAGGCUGGAUGAGCGUACGCGGAGGCCCAACAUAGAGCUCUGCAGAGACACGGCUCAGCUGCGCCUGGUUAACGAGGUGUACGAGGUGGACGACACCAUCCAGACCCUGCAGCAGCGCCUGAGGGACGCGCAGGACACCCUGCAGUCGCUGGUCCACACCAAGGCCACCCUGGAGCACGACCUGGCGGUCAAAGCCAACUCCCUGUACAUCGACCAGGAGAAGUGCAUGAGCAUGCGCAGGAGCUUCCCCAGCACCCGGCGGCUGGUGGGCUUCUGCUAGGGCCCCCUCCCCUGGACUAGGUGUGAUGCUCCCCAGGUAAGGCGGAACCAGGGCGCCGCGCGCUCACGCACUUACACGAGGGCCAAUCUAUAUUCACUUAUUAAAGGAUCGUAUUUAUAGACAUGUGCC